AUGAGGCAUCUUGGUGUAUUCCAUCUAUCAUCCACUUUUGAAACUGCCAAAUUCGCUAGGCCAGCAGGUAGCUGCUUUCUCGACCUUACUCCUAUUCGAUCUAGCCUGAUCAUAUUCAUCUUUCUUUGCUCCGUCCAGUUGCCACAUGCUAUUGGAUUUUCCUGGCCACAUGAAUCGUUUUCCACUUGGGAUUCCGGCAAAAGAUCAAUUUUGGCUGAUGUUGGCCUGGGUUUAAAUGAACUAGACAAUCUGAAUGAUUUUCAACAAUUUCUUACAAGCCUAGACACUGAUUCUGUUUCCCGAGAGCCACUUUUGCGCCGUGCUUCUCUUACUACUGGAUACAAUUCCAUCACUGCCGGAGGCGCAGUCGCAACCGGAGAUAGAAUGAAUGGCCAAAAUAAUGAUGCCUCCUCUUCAGGGGAGCUUGCUCCAGUACUUCCAUGGAGUCGCAGCCGAGGUAUUAUUCGCAAGGUUGAAAACACGAACCCUGGAGAUGGGCUCGUUACUGCAAGCGGCAAACCUUUUGUAAAUGAAGGAAUUGCAGGCCUCAUUGGACUGGGCGGAGGUGGUAUACGCGGAGGCAUUGAUACUGACCAAAAAGCUGUUAUCAACAAUGACAGACACGGAUUGAGCAAUAAUUCUGGGUCGAUUGGGGGAAGGCGUAGGAUGUCAGGAGGUCCUAGAAAGCAGCUUCGUUCACGAUGGCCACAUUCUGAGGUGGGUAAUUGGAUGCGUUAUGGCCGGCGAAGGUGA